AAACGUCCCAUAAAUUCGGGGGGAUUCGACAUUCCAGACUGCCACGCCUUUUCCGAUUAAAACACCCUUCCUACGGCAGUCACAUGAAUAAAUGGUAUUUGUAAUGUUUAAUUCCGGGAACCGCGGUCGCGGUCGUAGCGUUACAAAUGCGCUGGGAUCCAACCGAGGCCGAGGAGCGAGCAGCUCCUUCAACGGAGGCCGCGGAGGAUUCAACUCGUCAUCGAGCGCAGGCCGCGGAAAUGCUCGCGGGGGGCGAGGAUCCGGUGGAAAUGCGAACGGGACGCCUGCUUUCUUAACCCAGUAUACGAAAUCGAUGCCGCUUUCCAAACAAAACAGUGUGGAAGAUGAUGAGGAGAUGGAUUACGAUGCGUUCCAGGAUGACUUCGAUGUCGAUAUGCCUGAUGAUGACAUGGUAUCUGGCGAUUCCUUGACUGCUCCAGAUCAGGGAACGGAUUCACUCGAUGGGGCACUGUCGAAGGCGUGGGGCCGUCCUCAGGUUGCCGAGAUUGAUCCGAGCCGCGACACUCUGGUGUUUCAGCAGGUGGAAGUCGAUCACACCAUUGAACACGCGGUGCCCGGCCUUUCCAGUUUUCAGGGCCAGGGUCCCGUGAUUCGCUUGUUUGGCAGCACGAUGGAUGGACGCAGUGUACUCUGCCAUGUUCAUGGGUUUCACGCUUACUUUUACGUACAAAUUCCGGAUGAUAUCGAACCGGCCAAAACCUUGCAGUACAGCAAACAGUUUCAUACGGAUCUGAAUAGGCGGUUGAUGCAAGAAAGCACCGUAUCCCGCGCACUCAGCUCUGGAUCGCAAGGAGUUGCUUCCGGUGUGGCUGUGAUUCAAACGGAAGUCGUGAAAAAGCAGGAUUUAUAUGCCUAUCAUGGUGGUACCAACGAAAUGAGAAAUUUGAAGCGAUUCCUCAAAGUUAUCGUGGCACAACCGCGAUUUAUAGCACCGGCGAGACGAGUGCUGGAAGACGGCUCUUUUGGUCGCGUGUUUGUAACGUACGAGAGUAACGUGGAGUUUGAAAUUCGCUUCAUGGUGGAUGCUGAAGUAUACGGCUGUAACUGGAUUGAGUUACCCGCAGGAAAAUAUAAAACUCGAACGACCUCCAGCAAAUUUAGUCCAGAAUUUCAAAGUGGAAAGGCUACAGUAUCGCGCUGUCAGAUCGAAGUGGACGUCAAGUGGGAAAACAUGAAAUCUCAUUAUCCGGAUGAUGAGUGGAGCGAUAUGGCGCCUUUCCGUAUCCUCAGCUUCGAUAUUGAAUGCGCCGGCAGGAAAGGAAUUUUCCCGGAGCCAAAUUGCGAUCCUGUCAUACAGAUUGCAAGUAUGGUGCAGCGAAAUGGGGAAAAGGAACCCUUUAUCCGUACUGUUUUCACACUGAAGAAAUGUGCGCCCAUUGUUAACUCCAAGGUAGUUUGCUUUGAAACCGAGGAAGAUCUCCUGGACAAUUGGGCAACAUUCGUCCGUCUGGUGGAUCCGGAUAUCGUUACCGGUUAUAACAUCCAAAAUUUCGACUUUCCGUAUUUAAUAGAUCGUGCUGCCCACUUAAAGCGCAGUAGAUUCCCAUUUCUCGGGCGUCUGAAAAAUACCGUCACGCGUGUCCGCGAAGUUCAGCUGCAAUCCAAGCAAAUGGGUGCUCGCAAGAACAAGUUUUGCAACAUCGAGGGACGAGUGACUUUUGAUUUGUUGCAAGUUCUUCUGCGGGAUUACAAGCUCCGCUCGUACACCCUUAAUGCCGUGAGCUACCACUUCCUGCAAGAGCAAAAGGAGGAUGUGCAGCACUCCAUCAUUACGGACCUGCAGAACGGGAAUGAGCACACGCGCCGACGCUUGGCAGUGUAUUGUUUGAAGGAUGCCUGGUUGCCGUUAAGGUUGAUCGACAAGCUGAUGAGCUUGGUAAAUUAUAUGGAAAUGGCCAGAGUGACCGGAGUACCGCUGUCCUAUUUAUUAGCACGAGGACAACAAGUCAAAGUGGUGUCGCAGCUGCUUCGAGCAGCAGCAAAAGAAGCCUACGUGAUGCCUGCCAGACAUGUUCAAACUGGCGACGAAUUCACCGGUGCUACUGUGAUUGAACCAAAAACUGGAUACUAUACGAAGCCUAUCGCCACGUUGGAUUUUGCUUCACUGUAUCCGUCCAUCAUGAUGGCGCACAAUCUGUGUUAUACUACCCUGAUUGAAAAAGGAAAACUGGCUGAACUAAAUCUUUCGCCCGAUGAAUUCAUUAAAACCCCGUCCGGGGAUACGUUUGUGAAGGCCACCGUGGUCAAAGGAUUAUUGCCAAAGAUUCUGGAGAACCUGCUGGCUACACGGAAAAAAGCUAAAGCCGAUCUAGCCAAAGAAACCGAUCCGUUGCGGAAGAAAGUGUUGGAUGGAAGGCAGUUGGCGCUGAAAAUCAGCGCUAAUUCUGUUUAUGGAUUUACAGGCGCACAGGUCGGAAAGUUGCCAUGUUUGGAAAUUUCCGGUAGUGUAACAGCAUUUGGACGUUACAUGAUCGAGGAAUCCAAAAAGCAUACCGAAGAGCACUUCACAAAAGCCAAUGGUUUUGCUCACGAUGCAGAAGUCAUUUAUGGUGACACAGACUCGGUCAUGGUCAAUUUUGGAGUGGACACGCUGGAAGAAGCCAUGAAGCUAGGGCGCCAAGCAGCGGAUAUCAUCACGCAGAAGUUUGUUAAACCUAUCAAGUUGGAUUUCGAGAAGGUGUAUUUUCCAUAUCUGCUCAUUAACAAAAAGCGGUAUGCGGGAUUGUACUUCACCAACACUGAAACUCACGACAAAAUGGAUUGCAAAGGUAUUGAAACCGUUCGCCGCGAUAAUUGUCCGCUCGUGGCCAAUUUGAUCGACAUGUGCCUGCAAAAGCUUCUGAUUGAUAAGGACAAAGAGGGUGCAAUCUCGUAUGCUAAACAGACCAUUUCGGAUCUGCUAUGCAACCGAGUGGAUAUAUCUCAACUUGUGAUUACCAAAGAAUUAACGAAGAAAGACGGCGAGUACAAAGCGAAACAGGCUCACGUCGAACUGGCUCACCGGAUGCAUAAACGCGAUGCCGGCUCGGCACCUAAUCUGGGCGACCGUGUGCCGUACGUAAUUAUUGCCGCCGCCAAAGGCACACCGGCCUUCGAGAAGUCUGAGGAUCCCAUCUACGUUCUGGAGAAUAAUAUCCCCAUCGAUACGCAAUAUUAUCUGGAGAAUCAGCUGUCCAAACCUUUAGUGCGCAUCUUCGGGCCCAUCCUGGGCAGCGAAGACAAGGCGGAGUCUGUGCUGCUGCGCGGCGACCAUACCCGGACGAAGACGAUCGUUACGUCGAAGGUGGGGAAAUUAUCGGCGUGGACGGUGACCAGGGCGUCAUGUAUCGGCUGUAAGGCGGUGUUGAAGGACGAACGCGAGGCCUUGUGUGAACACUGCAAGAAGAACGGUGGCGAGAUUUAUCAGAAUCAGAUAGCUGAUUUAUGUCAGAUGGAGGAGAAGUACCAUUCCAUGUGGGUGCAGUGUCAGCGCUGUCAGGGGAGUUUGCAUCAGGAUGUCAUCUGCACCAAUCGGGAUUGUACGAUUUUCUACAUGCGGAAAAAAGCGCAGAAGGAGUUAGAAGAGCAGGGGAAGAUAGUGCAACGGUUUGAUUAUGGAGAAUGGUAAUUGGAAUUUACAAAAUGCCGAUGAUGUGUACGUAUUGACGAUAAUAUGGCUCCUUCCUGUUUUUUUUUUGUUUAAUAUUCCGCUUUACGGUAUUGAAGGAUAGACUGCUCCUUUGAAAUUGUAAUGUUGUUUAUUUUGUCAUACAGUAUGAUGCAUGACAGUAUUUGCUUCUCACUUUUUUAUCAUGUAAAAAUUUCCUCUUUA